ACUAGUGUGGUGCUGAGGGAUCACCCGCCACAUGGCUGCACUCAGGUUCUCAUCCCUGAGGUGGUUUGUUAUGUGGUGGGUGUGGCAACGCACUGUAAUCAGUGCACGCUCCUUACACACUGUAUCAGUGCACGACUCCUUAUGCACUCUGAUCAGUGCACGACUCCUUACGCACUGUGAUCAGUGCACAACUCUUUACGCACUGUGAUCAGUGCACGCUCCUUACACACUCUAUCAGUGCACGACUCCUUACGCACUGUAUCAGUGCACGACUCCUUACACACUGUAUCAGUGCACGACUCCUUACGCACUCUGAUCAGUGCACGACUCCUUACGCACUGUAAUCAGUGCACGACUCCUUACGCACUGUGAUCAGUGCACGCUCCUUACACACACUAUCAGUGCACAACUCCUUACGCACUGUGAUCAGAGCACGACUCCUUGCGCACUGUGAUCAGUGCACGUUCCUUUCCUGUCUGGCACCAACACUCAUGCCAUGUACAAAGUCACUUAAAUCAUCUUUCUUUCCCAUUUUGGUGGAUAUUGUGAAGAUUAACUGACCUGUAUCUGCAUGAUUUUAUUCAUUGUGCUGCCUAACAUAUGAUUGGCUGAUUAGAUAUUUGUUUCGACCAGCAGUUGUGUAGGUGUACCUAAUACCGUGGCCAGGGAGUGUAUGUAAAGAGCUGCUCCACUGUAAUAUGGCAUAGGAUAAAUGGAUUUUGUAUUUUAAACAUUUUUGUAAGCACUUAAAUAUAUUUAUGCUGUUGGUGAUAAAUAAAGAAAAAAAAUCUAAAGUUUUAUAAUGUCUUUAUGUCAUCACAAAUAAUUUUGGUGUAUUCUGAUGCAAAGGUCUGUUAAAUCUUAUCAAACAAAGCACACGUCAGAAGCGGUGUUGAGCUCUCAGUGAUGCACACGAAAGCAGGCUGAAAUUUAAAGUGGUUAUGGAAUUAGAAAUACAGCGUCACCAUUUUAGUUAAAAUACCACCAUGACCCUCAGCUGGAGAAGUGGGUCGCAGAUGGCUGGAAGAUAGCUGAUGGAUUCAUUUAAUAAGUUUUUGUCAGGUUCACUAUACAUACAGGAAGGAAGCUGAUCCAGGUGAGCGACAGAUAGGCCAUGGAGGAGCACCAGACAGACAUGAGCACCAUCGAGGCACAUGCAGUGGCUGGCCAGGUGCAGCAGGUCCAUGUGGCCACCUACACAGAGCACAGCAUGCUGAGCGCCGACGAGGACUCGCCCUCCUCACCCGAAGAUGACACCUAUGAUGACUCAGACAUCCUCAACUCCACUGGGGCAGAUGAGGUCACAGCCCACCUGGCUGCUGCUGGCCCAGUAGGAAUGGCGGCAGCUGCUGCUGUGGCGACGGGGAAGAAGCGCAAACGGCCGCACAUCUUCGAAUCCAACCCCUCCAUCCGAAAACGGCAGCAGACGCGAUUGCUCAGGAAGCUGCGGGCCACGCUGGAUGAGUACACCACCCGCGUGGGCCAGCAAGCCAUCGUGCUCUGCAUCUCGCCCUCCAAGCCCAACGCCGUCUUUAAGGUGUUCGGGGCAGCACCACUGGAGAAUGUGGUGAGGAAGUACAAGAGCAUGAUUCUGGAGGACCUUGAGAAUGCACUGGCCGAGCAUGCGCCCCCAGCCCCCGAGCUGAGCUCUGAGCUGCCGCCACUGACCAUCGACGGCAUUCCUGUCUCUGUUGACAAGAUGACCCAGGCCCAGCUGCGGGCCUUCAUUCCCGAGAUGCUGAAGUACUCAACGGGCCGUGGGAAGCCCGGCUGGGGCAAGGAGAGCUGCAAACCUGUGUGGUGGCCAGACGACAUCCCCUGGGCCAACGUGCGCAGCGACGUCAGGACCGAGGAGCAGAAGCAGAGGGUGUCCUGGACCCAGGCACUGCGGACCAUUGUGAAGAACUGCUACAAGCAGCAUGGCCGGGAGGACCUGCUAUACGCCUUCGAGGACCAGCAGGCACCCCCAUCCCACAUGGCCCCUGCCACCGCUGUGACCCACGGCAUCGCGCACCUGGUGCCCUCGCAGACCGUGGUGCAGACCAUCAGCAACCCGGAUGGCACUGUUUCCCUCAUACAACUCCCCGUACUGUACUCACAGGUGGGGACUGGAGCGACGGUGGCCACCCUGGCAGAUGCCUCCGAGCUGCCGGCCACCGUCACGGUGGCCCAGGUGAACUACUCCACCGUCACAGAGGGAGAGGAGCAGAACUGGGCGACGCUGCAGGGCGGUGAGAUGACUAUACAGAGCACACAGGCCUCUGAAGCCACGCAGGCCGUGGCGUCCCUCGCAGAGGCUGCGGUGGCGGCGUCACACGAGAUGCAACAGGGGGCCACCGUUACCAUGGCACUCAACAGUGAGGCUGCGGCCCAUGCCGUAGCCACGCUAGCAGAGGCCACCCUGCAGGGUGGGGGGCAGAUCGUCCUUGCGGGAGAGACGGCAGCUGCUGUUGGGGCCCUGACCGGGGUGCAAGACGCCAGUGGUCUCGUCCAGAUUCCUGUCAGCAUGUAUCAGACCGUGGUCACCAGCCUCGCCCAGGGCAACCGGCCCGUCCAGGUCGCCAUGGCACCCGUUACCACACGCAUAGACAAUACCGUCACCCUGGACGGACAGGCCGUGGAGGUUGUCACCCUGGAACAGUAACUUGUGGCACUUCCUUGUCGGCAGUUGUACAGUAUAAAAUUGAUCAUUCACAGUUGGGGCGUAUCGACUCAACAAGGCAUUUUGUUUACUGUGUACAGUUAUGUUUCGUUCUGUUUUGGAGUCAGAGUUUUGGAAACGUGGCUCUGAAUUUGGAAAAAGUCAUGAUAUACCCUAUUGUAUUUAUUUCUUACAUGUUUUCACCUUUUUUAAUAAACCAAAAAUGUGAGGAUGGGA